AUGGUGAAGGAGAGCUUGGCGAUCCUUCUGAUCCUGCUGCUCUUGACGCAGGCGUCGGUGCGCGGCUCCGAGGUGUGUCCCCACGAGUGCAAGUGCCGAUGGAAGGACGGCAAGAAGACGGUGGAGUGCCAGAGAGGCACACUACGGGCAUUACCAGACAUCAUCGAUUUCGACACGCAGGUCCUGGACCUCUCCUAUAACAUCCUACAGAGGCUGCCGGAACGUGCGUUCUUCGAAUCAGGUCUUGUGCACCUGCAGAAGUUGCUGAUGCGGGGCUGCGGUCUCCAUCAGGUCGACGCCGAGGCGUUUUUUCAGCUCACCAACUUAGUCACGCUCGACCUGAGCGAGAACAAACUGCGCGUCAUGCCCGACGCGGCGUUGCGACACACAGUCGCUCUCAGGGAACUCGAUUUGCAUGAGAAUCUCAUAAGCCACGUGCCAGCACGCCUCCCCACAGAACUGACUCGCCUGGACCUUUCCUAUUGCAGGAUUGACACGAUCAAUAUCGGCGCAUUCAAAGACCUAAAGCAGCUGCAGCACCUGCGUCUCGAUCAUAACCGCAUCUCGAUGUUCCAGAAACAUUUGGUUAUGAGCUUGCGGAACGUGCAGGGCGUUGAACUCCACGGAAAUCCUUGGAUUUGCGACUGCCGGUUAAGAGAUUUGCAUAAAUGGCUGAGGGAAGUGGCGCAUCCUGCGUCGCCGGUGUGCAAGCAUCCAGCGCGACUAGAGGGCAAAAAGUUCAGUGACAUCGAUUUGGAUUCGUUCGCUUGUCCUCCUCAGGUUUUAGUGGUGGGCAGAAACGCCCAGGGCAAAGCGGGUACCAACAUCACUGCUUGGUGUCCUGUAGCAGGCCUACCAAUGCCCGCAGUGUCAUGGUACCUCGGAGAUGCGCUCAUUAUGAACGGAUCUAAAGUGGGAUCCGCAACGGCUUACAUCAUCAAUGAGAUCUCGGAGGAGAGAGGAUCUCUGCUCCUCCUCUCCGGACCCGUCAUGAGCGACUCUGGCUCGACGCUCCGGUGCGUUGCGACCAACGCGGCGGGUGCUGCCACCGCCUCAUUCACUCUAACCGUUGACUUCUCUGCAAAUUUAUCCAAAGGAGAAAUAAUUGGCAUUACGAUAUGUGUUGUGCUUGGUAUCGUUGCAACGCUCAGCGUGUGUCUAAUGCUAAUUAAACGCCGCAAUAAAAGAGCAGAGAAAGUGAAUGGGAAUUUGCAGCUCUCGUUUCCUAACCACGGCGGCUCAGUGAUAGCAGCGAGGACUCCUGACGAGCAGAACGAUGAGUACGAGUCGGAAGACGCAGAUGAGCAGGAGCUCGAGUACGACAUGAUGCGGGUGCCCAUGAGCAGAACAGGCAGCCUCGUGACCACACUGAUCGACACCGGCGGAGAUGAGCACGAAGAACUCUUGCACCGACCUCAAGGUAGGCCUUUAACUGGGGUCUGGCCUGCCCAGGCCCUGGCGCUGCUGGACUCUGCCGCCCCGGAACAUGUAAUGUACCCCAUCGGCAGGGCCCCACGGCACUCCUUGCUGCCUGACUUCGCUCCUGACUAUACAAGUAACUGGUCAUGCCACUUCUCGACCUUACCAAGGACCCAGCGUCAGGACUUGCCGAUGUACGCCAGGAGUCGGACGCCUGACGAAGCACCGUUGUGUCCAAGUUUCAUGAACAAUAUAAUCAUUCCAGAGCCUUGUCCUCCGCCGCCACCCCUCUCUCCCUCCCUCUGUCGCUCCUUCGUUCCUUCUCAAGAAGGAUGCUCGGUUUUGCCCGCGGCGCCCUCGGUGUCUUCCCUCUGUGGUGCUCAUUCUCUUGUCCCCCCUCAGGAUGGGCGUUUGUCCUUACCCUCAGUGCAGACUCUGCACACAAAGCUCAGCAGAAUCACAGUGCGUGACUCUCCCGAUGAAGGAUACCAGGAAGGAACCGAUGUCUAG